UGCUACACUCUAAAGUCGUCCAGUCCGGUGCAGCGAUUAUGUCUGACCAGUGGCUGCGCGUUCUCUCACCUUUUCCUUCCGAGUUAUGCCAUCUGUGCCGGCCUCCACUCCGUGGAGACUCCAAGAGUUUACAACUCACCCUACCUAGCUUCCACUCAGCAACCUACUUCCUUCCUGGCUCAGGUUUUUCCUCCUUCCUUCCUCGGCCUACAACUUCCGGUUCUGCUGGGCGUCUGGGAAACGGUUGGCUUCCGGUCGCGCAGCGGUGGGCGGAGCAAGAUGGCUGAGGAGAAGCUUAGGAUGAAAACUCAGGUUCCUGAAUCUCAAAGACCCAGACCAAAAAAAGCUUCAGAGUUUCCUGUUGUGGAAAAACUGAACUGGCUGAUCCAUCUCCACUAUAUCCGGAAGGAUUAUGAAGCAUGCAAGGCUGUGAUCAAAGAACAACUUCAGGAGACUCAGGGGUUAUGUGAAUAUGCUAUCUAUGUCCAAGCACUGAUUUUCCGCCUGGAAGGAAAUAUCCAAGAAUCCCUAGAACUCUUUCAGACAUGUGCUGUUCUCAGCCCUCAGUGUGCUGAUAAUCUCAAACAAGUGGCCAGAUCUUUAUUUCUUCUGGGAAAACAUAAAGCCGCCACUGAAGUUUAUAAUGAAGCAGCUAAACUUAACCAGAAAGAUUGGGAGAUCUGCCACAACCUGGGGGUGUGCUAUACUUAUCUAAAGCAGUUCAACAAGGCACAAGACCAAUUGCACAGUGCCCUCCAGCUUAACAAGCAUGAUCUGACUUACAUAAUGCUGGGGAAGAUCCACUUACUGGAGGGAGACUUGGACAAAGCCAUUGAGAUCUACAAGAAAGCAGUAGAGUUCUCGCCAGAAAAUACAGACCUUCUUACAACUUUAGGAUUACUCUACUUACAGCUCGGAGUUUACCAGAAGGCAUUUGAACAUCUUGGGAAUGCACUGACUUACGACCCUGCCAACUACAAGGCCAUCUUGGCAGCAGGCAGCAUGAUGCAGACCCAUGGGGACUUUGAUGUUGCUCUCACCAAGUACAGAGUUGUAGCUUGUGCUAUUCCAGAAAGUCCUCCACUUUGGAAUAACAUUGGAAUGUGUUUCUUUGGCAAGAAGAAGUAUGUGGCAGCUAUCAGCUGCUUAAAACGAGCCAAUUACUUGGCACCCUUCGAUUGGAAGAUUCUGUACAAUCUGGGCCUUGUCCAUUUGACUAUGCAGCAGUAUGCAUCAGCAUUCCAUUUUCUCAGUGCAGCUAUCAACUUCCAGCCAAAGAUGGGGGAACUCUACAUGCUCUUGGCUGUGGCAUUGACCAAUCUGGAAGAUACAGAAAAUGCAAAGAGAGCAUAUGAAGAAGCUGUCCGCCUGGAUAAAUGUAACCCUUUAGUAAACCUGAACUAUGCUGUGCUGCUGUAUAACCAGGGUGAGAAAAAGGGUGCCCUGGCCCAGUACCGGGAGAUGGAGAAGAAGGUCAACUUUCUCAAGGACCACAGUCCUCUGGAAUUUGAUGCUGAGAUGGUCGAGAUGGCUCAGAAGUUGGGAGCGGCCCUCCAGGUUGGAGAGGCACUGGUCUGGACCAAACCAGUCAAAGACCCAAAGUCAAAGCACAGGACCAAUUCAGCCAACAAAUCUGCUGCUCUCCAGCAGCCUCUGGGCUCCAAUCAAGCUCUAGGACAAGCAAUGUCUUCAGCAGCUGCAUACAGGAAGCUCCCUUCAGGUGCUGUCGGAGCCCAGCUCACAAAGCCACCAUCACUUCCAUUGGAGCCAGAGCCAGAGGCCACUGUGGAGGCAAGCCCAACAGAAGUAUCAGAACAAAAGAAAGAAAAAUAGCAACAAACACAAGAAAAACAGGAUGACCCUGGAGUAGGGAGUCUCUUAGGUGAGACCAUGUAGAAGGUGGUCAUAUGACCAGGCAGGUGGAGGCCAGCCCUGUUCCCUGGGUGGGCACUGCAGAAUUAAAACAGAACACAGGGUGCGCUGUGAUGAUCAAGAGGAGCCUAAAGCCCACGCAGCUCUUACCUGGCCCCAUCAUCAAGGAACGAGGGAGAAGAAAGACAUGCUAGAUAGGCUUGAAGCCCCACAUGUAUAGCUCCAAGAGUCAGCAAGAUGAUCAAAGACCAUUACUCGAUGAAGGACUUUUAUCUUGGUAAAGGGAAAGGGACCUCUGCUCAGCAGCCUGUGGUGAUGAAGCCCCAUUCUAACUGGACUGGGGGAACACAUCAGUCCCCGCUGUAAACAAACCUUGGAUUAAGAACCUAGUUAAAUAACCCCACCCCUCUUUAGAUUAAGUUGAGACCCAAUCUGGAAUGUAUUCUAGCUCUGUUUGCUCAAAGAGAAUCUAAAACAAGUUCCUAUUUUCAUUCUUAAAAGAGGUCAGAGUCUGGAGCCAGAUCAUGUCAGUAUAAGUAGCAGGAGUCAAGACUGAUCUGGAUUUGGCACCAAGGAUUUAAAGAAAAGGGUGUGGGUAGGGUGACUGAGGGCAUAGUUCAGUUGUUAGAGCUCUGGGUUCAAUCCCCAGUACUUCUGAAAACAAAAAAACAGCUCUUAGCCAAAGAGUUUUAAGCAAGACAAUCAAUGAUGAAUGCUGACAGAUGCUCUCAUGGCCUUUGUAAAGAUUAUGGACUACCAAGAGGUCACAUUAAAAGCUUUUUAAAAAACAAAACAAAACAAAAACAACUUAUGGUCACUGUCUAUCUUUACCCAUUUCCAAGCCUUGUUUGAGCUGAAACCACCUCAGAGCCAAGCUGGUCUUGGGUAUAGUGUGGCCUCACAGCAGCCUAAAAGGUUGGCUUUCUCUAAGGCAGCCCCGGUUUUCACCGUAACUGGCAGCUAGAAAACCGACGUACUAUCAAGCCAGAAGAGUAUGGAGUUUUUGAUAUUAUGGUUGGGUCUGAUUUGACAAACUGAACAGAGGUCCUCUUUGGUUCUCUUUCGUCAGAAGGCAAGCACGAUACCAGAGGUGAUUCCUUUGCCUAGGUAGCAGGUUUGUCAUGGAGCAAUCAAGAAAACUCCCUUCUGCAUCUUGAUGAAUGGUGGGAUAGACUGAGUUGAUUGACCAAAACUAAAAGGUCUUGGUGAGAAAUAAUAAGGGUACAAACUUAGAAGGAGAGGAGAAAGAAAAAUGUGAAAGAAACCCAGGAGCUAAAUCAGCAGAAAGGAGGGCCUGGCUGUAGGUGAGAUAUGACAAGAAACUAUAUAGGGUAGGUAGGUAGAUAACUCAUUCUGAAUUUAAGACUAGGAAUAUGGGUGAGUAGGAUCGAGGACUUUUCAAGUCUGAUUUUAGACAGGUUUGUCUUUGAGAUAACCCAAUUAUACCUUACUAAACACCUAGAUAACCUGACUUGAGAAACAAAAUCUGUUUAAAGAUUUUGCUAGAGAAGUGGUUUUCAACCUGUGGGUUGCAGCCCCUUUUGGUGUCAUACAGCCCUUUCACAAGGAUUGCAUAUAAGAUAUCCUACAUAUCAGAUAAUGCAUACUAUGGUUUGUAACACCAGCAAAAUUAGUUAUCAAGUAGCAACAAAAUAAUUUUAUGGUGGGGGUCACCACAAUAUGAGGAACUGUAUUAAAAGGUCAAAUCAAUAGGAUGGUUGAGAGCCACUGUGCUAGAGAAAUCUGGAUUUUUGUGCUAGCUCAAGAGCUUGGACUUAGAAAGUCUCUUAAGAUGAAAGCAGCUAUUUAAGGAGAAAAGCAAGAGUAAAAGGGGAAAAGUUCAGAAGGGAGGUCAGUCUUGGGAGUGUGACUACCACAAAAUUACUGUCAGGAAGCACAAGUCUAUUGGGGAGGAACCUAUAAUUGGGAAAGAAAACCCAUUUCAGAAGGUACAUGCCAGGAUUAGAACCUACGACUGGGCAUAGCCCCUGAUGGUUCAUCACCAAGCAGCUCUUGGGGGAGCAGUGGAGAAGACCUUAUUUUUUAAGACAGGGUCUCAUGUAACCCAGGCUAACCUCAAACAAUGUAGCACAGAGAAUAGCCUUUAUUCCUCAUCUUCCUUCCUCUACCUCCAAAUGCUAUGGCGAAUAGGUGUGCAUCACCACCCCAAGCUAAAAUCUUAGUAUCUAACGAUAGACAAGUGCACAGUGCUGUUCUCUCCAGGUGAAGUUUGGCAGAAACUAAGAGGCCUACUUAGUUUUUCCAUCCCUCAGGGGCAGUAUGGUACCUGUCUUCCAGGAAUAGUCACAAAGCAAUGCCUUCCAUAGUGCUUGGACAUAGGUUUUCUUAGAUAACAGGCUACACAUGUCCAAUCUGCUAGGUGUCUGGAUUUGCAGUUUCUCUUUCAUUCUGAAAAGAAUAAGUUAUUCUAUGAAGACAGGUCACAACACAAUUUUAACAGAUUUAGGAAAAUGAGACCAAAAUAAUAAUCACAGAUACAGGUAUGGUUUUGACCCUUCAGAAAGACUGAAAUCCAAAACAUUGACAAUACUAAGUGCUAGCAAGGCUUCAGCAUAGGUAGAUACCUUGGAACUAAAUUUGGCAGAUCCUUAAAAAAAUUUAAACUAAACAUAUAAUACAAGAGUUACACUUAAAAGUAUUUGCCAAAAUGAAUUGGAAACAAUCUCAAAUCCCCUACACAGAUGCCUAAACCUGUAGGAAUCAAGAUAUCCACAAGUGGGUGAAUAAACUUCAGUAGAGCCAGACAAAAUGUAAAGUGCAAAAAGGAGCUAUAUUAAGCUAGAAAAUAUAUGGUCAGUGCAUGAUACUAAGUGAAAAUGCCAGUUUGAAAUACCUACAAAGUACAUGAUCCCAAUGAUAUGUUCUAGAAAUUUAGCCAUUCCACAAUGUGAGCAUAUUUCAAAACUACGUUAUCUACUAUGUAUAUGUACAUAUAUGUGUGUGUGUGUGUUAUAUAUCUCCAGUAAAAAAAAAAUACUAAUAAAUCUGUCCUCAGGUUAACACUA